AUGCCCGCACACCCGGUCGCGCCCGCGGCGAUCACGGACCGCAACCACCACCACGACCCUCGCGAGAUGUCAAAGUCGACGCAUGAAAACUCCAGCUCUCGCUCCAGUGGACAUGGGCAAAUUGUCGACAUCAUGGAGACGCCUAACUUGCACGACCCGAACGUCACGUUCGAGGAAUACCUGUACUGGGCGAGCAUCACCCGCGCCGAGGAGAAGGAGGCCAACGAGAGAUAUGUGCAGGCCCGGGGCCCGGUAACGUUGAAGAGCGUGGUCAAGGAUCGCUUUAGAAAGGGGGAUGAACAUGGGAAGUUCGAACUCGGAAAUCUCGGCGGCGUCUCUGUGGCCGGGGUCGAGAAGAGUGGGAGCGACAAGACUUUGACUCCGGCGGACGAGGGGGUUGUUGGCACCGUAACGCCUGAAGAAUGGAAGAGGGCGAGCAGGGCGAUGAGGACGGCGGGUUGGGGAGCCAUCUUUUACCUCAUCACCACGGAUAUCUUGGGCCCGGGGUCGACGCCUUGGGCCUUUGCGCAAAUGGGAUACGGACCAGGCGUUGCCCUUUACACCGUCUUCGGCGUAAUGUCUCUCUACUCCGGCUGGAUCCUCUACAGGUCGUUUCUCGGCCUCGACUCCGACCGGUACCCUUUGAAAGGCUACGGCGACCUGUACUUCCGCGUCUUCGGCACCUGGGCGCGGCACCUUGUCAACUUCGCCCAGGCUCUGCAGCUGAUGCUCUUCGUCGGUGUGCUGAUCCUCGGAAGCGGCCAGUCCAUCUCGCAGAUCUCCAAGGGGUCGAACGGUGGUGCGGGAAUCUGCUUCGUGGCGUGCCUCAUCAUUUUCAUGGUGGCUGGCUUCGUUCUCGGCCAGAUCCGGACUCUGCAGAGGUUUUCGUGGAUUGCGAACAUGUCUGUCUGGAUUAACCUGCUAGUCCUCUUCAUCUGCAUGGGCGUCGUCGCACACUCCCCACCCAACUUUGCCGCCACAAAGGCUUCUUUUGGCGAUGCGUUCGGCCCCGGUCCGGUCCGCACUUUCGUCGGUAUGCCACCCGAAGGACUGGCAUCCGGCGGGACAGGGUUCUUGGCUUCUCUGAACGGCCUGAACCAGGCCGUAUACUCGUACGGAGGAUGUCUCAUCUUCGCCGCCUUCAUGUCCGAGAUGCGCCAUCCGAUGGACUUCUGGAAAGCCCUCCUCUGCGGCGAGAUCUUCAUCUACUCCAUUUACCUCAUCUUCGGAAUGUACGUGUACUCGUACCAAGGCCAGUACAGUUUCAAUCCCGUCAUGCAGGGCCUGUCUCCCUACGCCUGGCAGACGGCGACGAACGUGCUGAGUCUCAUUACCGGCUUGAUCGCCGCGGGGUUGUACGGAAACAUCGGAAUGAAGGUCCUCUACAUCGAGUUCCUCCAACCCGUGUGCGGCGCUCCCCCGCUGACGGCCUCGGCUGGGAAGAUGCUCUGGGCAUUGGUCAUCCCAGUUUACUGGACCGUCGCGUUCAUCGUCGGUGCCGCUGUUCCUCAGUUCUCACUCGUGUCGGGAUUUAUCGGCGCCCUGUUCAUCUUGUCGUUCACGUAUACGCUGCCCGCGCUCCUGGGACUGGGCUACUGGAUCCGUAAAGACGCCAUGUUGCCCGAAGAAGAGCGGUUUGAUCCUGCGACGGGAGUAUACAGCUACGCUGACGGCGGGUUCUGGCGGUAUUGGAGGGGGUUCAUGAAGAAGCCAUUCUUCAACUCAUGGAACAUCUUCUAUAUGCUGGGUGGGGUCGUAACAACAGUACUGGGCAUGUAUUCUUCCAUUGAAGGACUGAUUGAGGCCUUCAAUGGCAAGUCGCAAGCCACGAGUUUUGGAUGCGCGAGUCCGGUUUGA